AUGUCCAAUCAACCCAGCGCAGCGGGUCCACCGUCCAAGAGCGGCUUCCAUCAAGCAGCCUCGUUUGUUGAGCGAGCGCUCAGCUUCCGGGCCAACGCUCAGCGAACGGCAACAUCUUGUUCCAAUUCCAACAAAGUUAAUCCUCCUUCAGAUGCCGUGGGGAGAUCGCUGUCCAAGCUGGUCGUUGCUGCUCCACUGGAUGCGCAAGACUUGAAGCAAACAGUCGAGUCGUUCCCAGCACUUCCCAAUGAUCGGAUCGAAAAGCUGCUUCCAGGCGCCGAACUUGAACAUGCACGGCAGUGGAUCCAGGCCGCAUUGCAGGAGAUGCAUCUCAAUUACGAUCUCGAUCCGAAGCUGCUAGGCGAACGCAGUGAUGCGAAUCGAGGCAAUGCUCUGAUCGCUCUACUCUUGUCCCGCAUCGUCGUGCAACAGUCGGGCUCUGGGCACGAGGCAAAUGGACACAGCGAUGGCCAUCUUUCUAGUGCUGUAAUCGACCAAGAAGACGAAUCGCGCGACGGUAGCGCAUAUGCAUCAGAAGGAGCCAAGCCCAAAUCAACAAUUUCGGCACCGUUCAGACAGUUUGAAACGCAUGAUUUGCUGAAAGCGAUCGACAAAAAGGACGUCGAGACUAUCUUAGCAAUCCGAAAUGCCAAUUUUGACCUUCUUCUCGAUCUCUCCCACGGUGGCGGUCCUGCUGGGAAAAACUCGCCUGCUGCAUCACAAGCCGGCGGCUCCACUAACACUCCGCUGGGGUAUGCCAUUUCGCUAGGCAAAGGAUGGGAGACCGUCUCGAUCGUACUGGUUGGUGCACUAUCAAAGUUCGUCAAUCAGCUACCGGAUGACGAAGACGAGUACGAAGAUUCGCCUCAAGCGGCCACCUCGAUUGGUGGGACAGUGAGCAAAGUCAAAAAGCCCAAGAAACUGCAAUUGGAUCCGCGUACCAUGUCGCGUCUACGCAAGAUCCGCGUAAACCUCAAGCUCGCCAUCGACCACAGCAUUUUCCAAGACCAGACGUCGUUGUUGGCAUCGUACCUGCAGGUCUUGGUCAUGUCGGAAGGCUCGCCCUUUUUAAAUUCUGCGAUUGAGGAUGUAGCUCACUGUUUGACGCUCAGGUAUUCGGCAGCGGGGGCCUUGGAUGGUGGAGCGGAUCCGGUGGCGAGGAGCAGGUCACAAGUGAUGCAAUUUGUGACGGUCUCGUUGAGGCAUAAGAGUGAGAAAGUUGCUGCGGUGAAGGACUACAUUUCCAAUGCACAGUCGGAUCUGCUGCUCAUGGCGCUUUGGUCGUUGAUCAAAUUGACAAGAUCGCAGUUCGAAGCAGUGCAACAAAGUCUCCGCGGCUCAAAGGUUGACGAAGCCGAGUUGAGAGAUCUGGCGAAUCCGCUGCCGAGCUUCUUCUUUGCGAGAGACGAAAGGGUGGCGAGCAACUUUGUGGCUAGAGUGGGCAAGUUGGGGUAUACAGUUGAUGGGCUGAGUGGGGUGAAAGGCCCAUCGGCUGGGUUGGUCAAGUUAGCAACAAGAGUUGCCGAGGCGUUGCAGGAGGGCGCGAGGAGAAAGGGCUCGCACGAGAGAUUGGAGCUUAUCACGGCGUCGCUAGAAGGGAGAAAUCGAAGCUGA